CUUUCUGUUACUGUGUUCUCUUCUACUUUUUAAGGUCAAUUCCAAUCUGGGUUUUGGGUUUUUCUGUAGUCAAUCCCUUCUUCUUCUUCAUUUUCCACCUGGAUCUUCGUUCCUGCCCUGUUUGGAUCUUUUCUAAGCCUUCUGUUCCUCACACUUUCCUAAUAUAUAUUACAUGAAGUGCAGACACAACUGAUUCAAUUUUGUUCUGAAAAUACUUGUGUUUACUGCUACUUAAUAGUUUCAAAAAAUGAAUUGUUUUUGCAUACUCAAACGCAAGCCCGAGCCCCACAAUUCUAAUCUGUCACCCACAUUGAAAAUUCAAAGUAAAUCGAAUAAUCCAGGAGCAAAUGGAGCAACAAGGUCCGCAGGUUCAGUAUCAUCGCGAAGGGGCUUACCAGAAUUGUACAACGAGAAAGAGCACAAUUUGACAGUUUUCUCUUUCUUAGAGCUCAGAAAUGCAACAAAUAAUUUCAACAGGUUGCUGAAGAUUGGAGAAGGUGGUUUUGGGAGUGUAUAUAAGGGUGCAAUUAGGCCUCCAGAUGGGCAGGGUGACACUACUAUAGUUGCCAUUAAAAAGCUUAACAGAAAUGGAUUACAGGGUCAUAGACAAUGGAUUGCGGAAGUUCAAUUUCUUGGUAUUGUUGAUCACCCAAGCCUCGUAAAACUUUUAGGAUACUGCUCUGUAGAUGGACAAAAUGGGAUCCAACGCCUGUUGGUAUACGAAUACAUGCCCAAUAAGAGCUUGGAAGAACAUCUUUUCAACUGCUCUAUGCCUACCCUUCCUUGGAAAACAAGAUUAAAUAUAAUCCUUGGAGCAGCUCAAGGAAUGGCUUAUCUGCACAAGGGAUUGGAAAUCCAGGUGAUAUAUCGAGACUUCAAAUCUUCAAAUGUCCUCUUGGACAAAGACUUCAAUCCGAAGCUUUCGGACUUUGGACUUGCAAGGGAAGGGCCAAUAGGGGACCGGUCUCAUGUAUCUACUGAGCCUAUUGGGACUUAUGGAUAUGCUGCCCCAGAGUAUGUUGAAACUGGCCGUGUCUCGAUCAGGAGUGACGUGUGGAGCUUUGGCGUUGUGCUUUAUGAGAUACUCACAGGGAGGCGGACUGUGGAAAGAAACAGGCCAACAAUGGAGCAGAGACUUAUAGAUUGGGUGAAACAGUUCCCAGCUGAUGGCAAGAGGUUUAGCAUGAUAAUCGAUCCACGUCUCCGCAGCAAAUAUUCUUUGACCGCUGCCCGGAGAAUCGCAAAGUUGGCUGAUAGCUGCCUGAACAGGAAUGCAAGAGAUCGGCCAACGAUGAGUGAGGUGGUGGAGAGCUUGAUGCUAGCAAUACAAGAUUCUGAUGAAGGAACUAUUUCAGAAAAAGCAAAGUCCUGAGUCUUUCCUAUGUGGAGAAAGGAGGGGAGUAUGGGGUGUCAAGUUUGACAAUAUUGAUUUAUA